GCGCGGCCCGCCCGCUAGUCCCGCGCCCGGUGCUGUGUGGGGUGUGUGCUGCUGCUCUGUGAGGCUGUGACCGAACUGAUUGAGAAAGCGAGAGCUGAGCUGUGGACUGUGGAUGGCGAGGUAGCAGAUUCAUCGAGAGACCAGCGUGUCAACCAACGAACCAGGGAGACUUGAGCAAGGCACGACCACCUUGAUGGCCGCUGUACGCUGAGCCGGCCGCUCCACCGCCCUCUCCGCCACCCUCUCCCACCAGGCCACCAUGCAGCCGGCCGAGCUGUACGGCUGGGUGGCCGCCGCCGCCGCCGCACCCCUGCAGGCCACGCUCGCAGUCGGCCUGCUCUGCCUGCUGCACGCGGGCCGCGCGCGCUGGCGCACCGUCGACCUCUUCCUGGUGGCGGUGGUGGCGCAGCAGCUGGUGGCCGCCCUCCUGGCGCUCGGCUUCUCGCUGCUGCGCCUGAUGCGGCCGGAGGCGGCGGCGGCGUGCGCGGCGUUCGCCUGGGGCUGGACGGCGCUGCGGACCCUGCAGGCCUCCACCGUGGCGUCGAUGGCAGCCGACCGGGUGCUGACCGCCCAGUGGCCGUACAAGUACCGGUACUCGGUGCGCCGGAACCAGAUCCGGUACCAUAUCGGCGUGCUGGCCACGGUGGCCGUGCUGGUGGGUACGGCGGCGCUGUUCUCGGCUGGAGGCGGAGCGCACGGCGCGGACGGCGCGUCUGCUCCGGCGCCGGGCGAGUGCACCUUCCUGCCGUACCGGGUCAGCGGCCAGUUCGGCGUGUUCCUGCUGUCGCUGCACGUGCUGCUGGCCGUGGUGACGGUGGCCGCCGUGGUGGCCGUCCAGGUGCUGCUCUGUCUGCGGCCCCGGCUGCGGCACGCCCACUCAGACCUGAACCCUCUGAACCACACCGCCUCCGACACGUCGGCCUCGUCUGCCGGCGCGGCGCCGCGGUACGGCGCGAUGACGCCCGGUACGGCGGCCGGGGCGGGCGUGGCCACCCUGCCGCACCCCGUCAACCGGCGGCGGCGGCGGGCCGUCCGGCGACUCGGGGACUUCCGCUGGCCCACCGUGGCGCUGGUGACCGUCCUCUGUCACGUGAUCAACCAUCUGCCCUACCUGGUGCUGCUGGUGUUCGGCACGUUCCUGCCAGACCUGCUGCCCGACUGGCCGAUGGAGACGAUCGCCGUCUGGCUCAGUCUGGCCGAGGGUAUCCUGCUGGCGCCGCUGCUGGUCGCUGUCGACCCCGUGCUGCGGCUCUCGGUCCGCAGUGCCUACACCAAACACAACACGGACGAGUACCCAGGAGUGGCAGGUCCUCCGUUUCGCGGACGCGGAAAUGACCCGGCGCAGACAGCCGAGGCCAAGUUUCCCAUCACGAACGGCUCUCUGUUUUCUCUGCAGGACGGCACAUCACUGCAUGCAGGUCGGUCUCGCAGCCUGAAGAUGGGUGUCGGCAUGCUCGGCGAGCCGGCCAACAAGGCGCCGCGCUUCCUGCCGACGCUGUACGACCCGAGUCGGUCGGCGCCGGCCGCUGACACGCGCUCCGAGCCGCUCUACUCGGACCCCAUCACCAAGGCGGCCAGUCUGGACAGCAUCAUCAAGUGUCUGCCGCCGGGCGACGAGCCGAUCUACGCCACCCUCAGCACGGGCCGACGCAGUCCCGAGCGGUGUAACUCCGCCACCACCAUCGCCAACGACGACUUCGAGUUCCGCGGAUCGAAACGCUUCGGCGGGAAAACGGAGAGCAGGAGAGAGACACCUGAGCAGCCGGCGAGGGCCGACCAGAUGAGCAUCUGCUCCACGGCCACCGGUGUGACGAUCCGGGUCGAGGGGUGCCCUCCGCCGGCGCCCCAGGGCCCCCCGGCGCCGCCGCCGCGGCCCAGCCUGAACCGGCCGCGCGCAGCCGCCGCCAGCUCGCUCAAACGCAAACUGGCGCUGUCCAUGAACGACCUGGACGUGGCGGGAGUGGCGGAGGAGCGCCCGCCGGCCGCGGCCGGACGCAUGUCCUGCUACGGCGUGCCGUGUGUCAGUGAGACAGACCUGAGCGGCGGCCGAGCGCCGGCCGGGGACGGCUCGCCGCGGCAGCGCGCCAGUCCCCGCGCCACCGCCCAGCGCGCCAUGCGCUACAAGAAGUCGGCGCCGCGCCGCCGGUCCCGCGACGCGCCGGUGCGCUCGGCGAUCGUCCACCGGCAGGGUCACAGUCUGCUGGCGCUGAGCGGCCCGCGCGCCGAGCACCGGCUGCAGCGCGCCGAGAUCGUCUCCGUGGAGGCGCUCAACCAGGCGAUGGCGCUGACGCCCUACUCGUAUCUGGACAAUGGCGAGGUGUACCGCCACCACUCGCGCAGUGUGCCCGACUUCCAGAAGGUGUUCAUUAGUGGGUUCCUGUGAGCGCCAGCUGCGGUCAGAACGAGUGACGUGCCACCUGCCGUCGGCUCGGUGUCACGACUUCCCCGAUUGGCAGCGGCAAACACGGCACCGGAAUGUCCGUGAUGGAUAUGACAAAACCGCAGCUCUAGAGCGGCCGUGUCGGGCACAAUUUUUAUCGGGGGAUGUUUUAUACCGAGCACGAGCUCAGUGGUUGCAUUGAGAUGCAAGUGGUGACGCCUGGUGGCCGAUUCACCAACCAACCUCAGCCGCGCCCACCGGUGUGGCAGUAUUAGUGAUGUUAGUGAGUUUGGCGGUGAGCCUUCAUGCUGACAGAGUGUGUGAGAGGAUCGAGUAUGAUUGUGCGUUGAGUAACUCGAUGCAGAAAUAACUCUGCGACUGUUCUGGAAUCGACUCAGCGGACCGAGCCGACCGUGUAGCGACGAUUUACGUAGAGGUUUCAACGUUUUGUACAUAAGCGCUGCAGGCUAGCGCUAAAGUGAGCGAGAAUGGCAAGUAUUUUCCUUACUGUUGUGAUGGAUAAAUGAUUUCUCAAGUGUAUAUUGUAGAUGUGUCGAUGUUUUUAAUUUUUAUAUGAAUUGUGCUUUGUGAAUUAGUAUAUAUUUGUAUAAUUUUGUGUCUUCUGUAUCGAACCUUUUCAAUGAAAGCCAUCAAAUAAAUAUACCUACUUUAUACCUGCAA